GAAGGAAUGGACUGCUGAGUGGAACCUUUCGUCCUAUCGCUUCUUAUAACAGGGGGAUUGAAGCCGAAGGCAGUUAAUCAAAAUGCCUGAGGAGAUGGCGGACGGUGGGAGAAAGCUUGUAACGCUCAACGACCUCAUUGAUGUCCUGGAUAAGCGUGAUAGAGCGCCGAGCAAUGUCCCGAAGGUUGAUACCUUCCACUUCAAGGGAGAACGGGUAUCCGACUGGCUGGACCUGACGGAGCAAACACUCGUGGGGCUGUUGGACGAGGUCAAGCUCCAACGAGUUCUAAGAUAUGUCCUUCAUAGCCACCAUCAGGAAGUGGGCAAGGUCAUGGAUGCCGCCAAUGGUAGUUGGGCGAGGUUUAGGGACAUGAUGCAGAGAAAGUACAGGUUGGGGGAUGGUUUGUUAACCAUGGCGGAUUUGGAGGCCAUGAACAAGGAUGACUUCUCCACGAUUGGGGCGUUUGUGCACGAGUUUAAAAGGAAGGCGCAGAAGGUGCACGAGAUCUCCGAAGAAACGCAGUGUGCCAUAUUUUUGGGUCUGCUUAUUGGCUUGGAGGCCUCGGAGCUGACGGGUCACGGAGGGGGAAAUGAGAAACUCACCUGGGCCACUAUCGACAAAGGGGUGGAAGAGGGGAGCCUAGACCAAGUGGAGCAGCACCAGGUGCGGCUGCAAAGGCGCAAGAGAAAGGAAAGGGACGCCACCGCGUCCGGGACCCUAGGGGUGAAGAGGAUCGUUACGGACGUAUUGGCAGCGCUGGGGUAUGAUAAUGAGGCGAAAGUGCAAAAGAGGGGAGUGACCGUGGCCCAAGGCCGGGCGUCGGGGGCAGCGGAAGAGGAGGCUAGGCCUCGCAGGCUAGCGUGGCCGGUGGAGGAACCCAAGGACAAGGCGGACAAGGCAAUGGAGGCCGAGCUCAAGGGGGUCGAGGAGGUGGCGGUCGGGGCCGAUGAGGAAAUGGUGGGGGUCGCAGAGGUGGUUGGGAUGGUCAAAGGGGCGAGGACCAAGGUGGCCGAGGCGGCCAGGGAGGGGGCCAAGGGCUUGGGAGGCCCCACUUUGAUUGGCGAAAUGCCACCUGCUGGCAUUGAGAAGGAAGAGCCGACCGUAAGAGUCGAGGAGAUUGUAGGAGAUAGUGAGGAGGUCACUCAGCGACUAAAGGCGGGGACUAGAAGGGAGGAGCCAAUAGUCAUCAAAUCGGAUGACGAGGGGCAGGAAGACGAAGCAGAGCCGACCAUAGUCCUCCUUAGGAGGAUGGAAGAUCUGUUGGAAAAGGUGGGAAGGUACCAGCGGAAGCUGCAGGCCCUGUGUGAAGAAGCUCGAGAGUGGGAGGCCAAUCUGCCUGAAGUCUUCCUCUACGACUCCGGACCUGAGCCUUCGCCAGGGCAACAGGGGUACCCAAGAGUGGCGAUUGAAGGGACGGGCCCUAGGUCAGGUAUGGCCUAUAGACCCCGCACGUCGCAUGGGAGGGUGCCGCAGGCGGCUCGGACUAGGAGCCAAAACAAGGUCGGGCCUAGCCAAGAGCCCAUUCAGGCACCCCCUCGAAAGGAGCCCGAGCCAGGACGUAGGAAGGAGGUGGUGGAAGUUCCGGAGGAAGAAGAAGAGGAUGAGAGGCUCCGACAAGAGGAGGAUCAACGAGCGGAGCUGAGGGCCAAAAAGAGAGGAGCCCGGGAGGAGGCCGAACCAAGUCUGCCUGACAGCGUGCCCAAGAGGAAGAAGUAUACGGUCCGGAUGGAGGAAGGCUUUGAUAUGGAGCGGAUGGUGGACAAGCUCCUGGAAGGCCACAAUGACCUGAUGAACCUGAAGGACAUCCUGGCGUCGGCACCAAGGCUCCGUGGGGAGUUGAAAGGGCGCCUCUCACGAAGAUUGGUGCCAAAUGUCCAUCUGAGUAUGGUCCUGCCCAGGGAGGUGGAGUGGACUGAGGCAGGGACAAGGAUGGAUUGGAAAUGUGUGGCAUGCGGGCAGGUGGAUUUGGUGAUAAAGAACCAGAAGUGCACUGGGAUGGUGGACACGGGCGCAGAAAUGAAUAUCACCACGGAGAAGGAGGCGGUGAUGAUAGGCAUGGAGAUUGACCGCUCGGACCAUGGCAUGCUGCACGGCGCCAACUGCAAGGCCGUUUUUUGCGGCACAGGGUCUAAUGUGAUUAUAGAAAUUGGGAAGGUGAGAGUCAGRACGUGCUUCUUUGUCAUGCCCGAYGUCGAUCAUCCCAUCCUUYUGGGAAGGUCGUUCCUGUGUCGAACGGAGAUGUUGAUUUUUAAUAAGCACGAUGGGACAAUGAUCYUGCUCCUAUGCGACCYAGCGUGCGGGAACUACGAAGUUGUCACCUGCCGAAACACGGGGCCGGGGAGYGGGAGGAAUAGGCCUCAUCUCGGCUCAUUCAUCUUCGAGGAAUCGGAGAACGAGCGAAAACGGCUUUGGGAAGCGCCUGAGGGGGAGGAUAAGGCUGAGGUGCUGACACUGAGCCUCACAGAUGUGAAUAAGGCCAUGGAGGUGGUGUCAACUCAUGACAUGGCGGAUCCGGAGGCCAUUAAGGCAUUGAGGGAGCAAGUUUUGGAGAACCCUCAAGUGGGAGAGGUGGAGUUGGUGUAUCGGCUUCCGGGAGGGGGAGGAGGCCCUGCAAUGGUGCAGGCCCGAAYGACAAAUAAGAAGUGUCGCCCAGUCCCCGUGCUCGUCACGRAGGAUGAGGAAGCCUACUACGAGCGGGAACGAGGAUUGAUACGGCGUAUGCGRGAGCACGCGUUGGUCGGGCCGUGCCGUAUCAACGACGAGAAUGAGGGRAAGUUGAUAAUCGGGGAGCUCGASUUCCUGUCGCCCCAGGAGAGAGCGUUGAUGGUGGGACUGAUGAAGAAAAGGCACCGUGCAUAUGCGUUCAAUGACGACGAGCGUGGGAGGCUGGAUGUGGACAAGAUUCCGAUGAUACGAAUCCACACUSUUCCACAUGAGUCUUGGAAUCUAAGGGGCGCACGAUACCCAAAUCCGGAUGAGGAGAAGAAGGUGGUGGACUACCUGGACGGCAAGAUGCGGACGCACAUGGCCGACUAUUCUAGCGGACCGUACACGUCGCCUUGGUUUUGUUUUACUAAACCAAAUGGGACGCUAAGGUGGGUGCAGGACUUGCAGCGGUUAAAUGCGAUGACAGUGCGGGGCGCGGGAGGGUUGCCGAACGCGGACGCGCGGUCAGAGUCGUGCGCAGGGAGGCCUAUAAUCUUGCUCAUAGACCUCUACUCUGGGUACGGCCAAUUUUCUGUAUACCGGCCAGACACGCCCGUAACGGCGAUGCACACACCCAGAGGGUUGAUUCACAUGAACGCGGCGCCUCAAGGUUGGACGAAUGCAGUAGCGAUGGUGCAGAGGCAUAUGAUCAGAGUCAUGAAGACGGUCAGCCCACAUAUCAUCCAGCCCUAUAUCGAUGACCUGGCGGUCAAAGGUCCGAAGGAGAAAGAGGAAGACGAAGUGAUGCCCAGUGUGCGGCAUUUUGUCUGGAAACAUGUCCAAGACAUCGAUCAGGUUCAGGGGUUAUUGGAGGAACAUAACCUGACGGCGAGCGGCCCCAAGUCGAAAUACUGUAUGAGGGAGGCCACGAUUCUAGGUUUUGUCUGUAAUGAGAGUGGGAGAAGGCCUGACGAAAAGAAAACAGACAAGAUUCUUGCGUGGCCGGUGCCCUUCCGCUCGAUAACGGAUGUGAGGAGCUUUCUUGGGACGUGCGGAUUUUGGAGGAGCUUCGUGAAGGACUUCGCCACGAAGACGGAGCAAUUAAGGAAGUUGGUGCUCCAGGAUCAGGAAUGGGUCUGGGGCGAAGACCAGGAAAAGGCGGUCGGUAGGAUGAAAGGAGAGUUUAAGGAAGGAGGCUUGGUAUUGGGAGCGCCAAACUACGAGGCCACGGAGGAGAAACCAUUCGUCAUUGAGACGGACSCUGGGCCAACUGCCUUGGGAGGAGUCCUGAUUCAGGCAGAUACUKAGGGGAAGGAGAGGCCGCUAAGAUUCGAAAGUCGCACCCUCAAUACAACUGAGAGGAACUACUCUCAGUUCAAGAAGGAGAYGCUGGCGAUGGUUGACCUACAUUUGGAUGUUCAAUUUCGAGUUGGAAAGGAUCCCAGGGGACAAGAACAAGGCGGAUGGGUUAAGCCGCAUCAACUAAACGGAUCGGACGAGGAAUCGAUCGAAGACACCCCACCAGUUGAUGGGUUCUUGGAUCAAGAGGAGGACGUCUGCCUGCACAUAAACGAAUGGUCCCGGCUAGUCCCUAGUUGCGUCAGUCACCCCAUAUGGCUAGCACCAAAGGGGUACGAGCAGAAGGAAGAGUUAGUCCUCAAGCCCUUUCAGGAGGAGGAUCCGUGGGGAAGUAAGGAUGUUGGUUGGAUGAUGAAGUUGGCGUUGGCAGGUACGCACAGUCUGGUGGAGGAAGCGAGGACAAUAGAGGAAGGCCCCACUCAGGUAGGGGAGCAUGAGCAGCUAAUGGGAGGGAUGUACUUGCUCACCAAUACACUCAUGCAGGGAGACUUCGACCGGAGGGGCUCGUUCAGUCACGAUGAGAAUGAGAUUUUGGUUCUUGAAAGCCGAGACGACGAAUUCGAGGAAGGAGAAAUCAAGGAGGCGUUUCGGGCGGAGGAGUACGAUGGGAUCUACCGGGAAUUGGGGUUGCUCCUAUCAUGUGAGAUGAGGGAUAGAGAUGCAAGUGCMAAGRYACAGAAGAUGAGGCACCUCUAUGUGGUAGUGGAGGCGAGGAUGCAGAUGCUGAAGGCUUCGCCGUUGGGACCGGAUGGGUCGCCUAUUCGAUUGGAGGAAGGCAAUGCGGAGGAGUUUAUCCCUGCCUAUGAGCAGUAUAUGCGCGACCAGGGGGCUCGGCAGGAGGAGUGGAUGCAGACGUUGCCCCUCUGGACACGGAGGGCGGAGAGGACAAUGGCGAGGCAGAUCCGAGACAAGGCACGCGAUUGGGAGGACUGCCAGGCUCAACUGAGACAGGUAUUUCGACGACUGGAGCCUGAGAGACCAGAGCCCUGGGUGGAGAGGCGACAGAGGAGUAAGAGGCCACGAGACUCAGAAGGGAGAGGAGCCACUAUGACCAGAGGGGGCCGAAAGGCCUUAGCACAGCAAGAGGGGCCAGCAGAGGCCGCCCAGGCGGUGGAGCCGGUUCAGGCCGUGGGGCCAGCUCAGGCGGCAGAGCUGCCCCCUACCCAUGGACUCGAGCGAAGGAGUUUCGCCGAAUCACGGACAGUGAUCUAUGGGGCCCGUCGCCGACGUUGGAGGUUCAUCUCGAUGCGUCCCAGUGGGGGGCGUCACAGCUGGGAGCGGACCAGAGCGGACCAGAGCGGACUGGCGCGGUAUGAGCCAAUAGAGGAUGAGCCGGAGAAGGAGUCACCUGAGCCGGGGCCCGAGGCGGGGUCUCGUGGACCCGAGGAGCCGCAGAUUGAGGGGAUUAUCACUGUUGGGGAUGAUACCCCUCCUCCUGCCCCGAUUCCGGAGCAGACGCGGCAGUAUUGGCUUGAAGGGAUUCCUGAGCCGGACAGCGAGGAGUUGUUGGGGCCUCCAUCGGAAGCUACUACGCCACCUCCGACGCAGGUGGAGCCAGAGGAGGGCGAGAGAGCAAGGGCACCUACUACUAUGGUACCACAACUAACUGAGCCUACAGGUGAGCKCAUGGACAUGGAGGUGCCGACAUCCGGGGAGCCCCCGCCAGGGCCGCCGCCCGCAGAGGAGGGGGCGAGUGAGAGACAUCCAUUGCGAGAGGUUCACGAGGCGGGGACAGGGAGGUCACCAGGGAAGAAGAGAGAAGAGAAGCGCGCAAGGGUGCAGGGGAAUGCGGGGUUGGACAAGGCACGAGAGACAGAGGACUUGGGAUUUUCAGCYGCCAGGAUGGAGAUUGAGCGUGCAGAUAGGAGGAUAGGUGAGGUGGCGAUCUCGUCCUUCCAACGGUACUCCAUGCUCAGUGAUGAGUUGGCGGCCUCGAGGUUAGAGGUGGGGCARUUGUCCACCCAGUWGGYGGAAGAGAGGGCMGAGAACCAAGCAUSGAGGUCCCGUAUGGAAGUCAAGGAGGCGGAAUGGGAGAAGAGGCUCCAGGACAUKGCGRCAAUGGUAGAGAGGCUCUCGGCCACUAAGGUGGUCGACUGGACGGAGCAGAGCCGGUAUGGUAUCCAGGGGAAGGAGGUACAGGGGCUCUUUGGCCAGGAAGGAACGACAGAGAUGCCACAGCAAGAGGGAAUGGGACAGGUAUUCCUGGACCCAACAGAGGCAGCGGCAAGGCGGGAGGCCGAGCAGAGGAGGUUCAGCUUCAGGACUCCCACGGAGUUGGCCUCGCAACAGGCCACCCCUAUGACGAUUGAGAUCCCUGAGGGCGAGCUGGCGCAGGGACCCCAACCUCCAGUGGAGGAAGGUGGCCCCACAGAGGAGUCCCCUACGAUCCUUUUGGAGAUACAGGAGGGUGCCCUUACGGGAGCAGAAGCAUCCACUGAGCCGGAGGCAAUGGGGGGAGAGGCGUCUCGACUGGAUGAGUUAGUGGCAGCUAUGGAGUUGGACAUGCCGUCAAGAGAGCCUCAGAGACAGAAGACCCCAGAGCAUGUGCCAGAGAUAGGGGAGCUGAAGACGCAGUUAGGCUCUUGGGUUACAGGAGCUGACUCAGGAGAGCACAUCUCAGAGCAGCAGCAGGAAAUUAUGAACGAGCCAGUGACUGCCGUGACUCCCCAGCCUUCUGACCUGCAUAGGGACGAGGGGGCGAAUGCGAGGGGAGGAGUCCGUGAGGGUAGGCCACUGGGAUUGGACACUCCAGCGUACCGACCCGAGGGUUGUGACGCGCUAGCAGGGCCGAGUACCCAGAUGAUGGAGACGGGGCCGGCAGAGUCAUGGAGUAUGCCCCAGAGCCAUGAGAUGAGCAGGGAAACUAGCGAGACGCCGCCGUUGCCUGGGUCCUAGAAGAAGAAGAGGAGGUGUCGAGGGAGAUCAGACGAUCAGUGCUUCUUCUCCAAGGACGGCGUACAUAGAGCUUUUGAAUGCCCGAAG